UCACAGUAAUCUCUGACACAGUUAAGCUAAAGCAUUAAGAGGGAGAGUAACGAUAACAGGUUUGAUCUUCAUCAUAACAGAACUGGUCACCUCUGAAAUGUCUAAUGAAGAACAGCUGACCUGUCCUUUCAAAAAACUAUGCACAGACCUGCUGAAGGAGCUUGGAACAUCAGAUAAUAAUUUACAAGCCACAGAGACACGACUCAAAGCUCUUGAAAACUCUGUGCAAGACCUGAUGUCCAGACUUGCUAAGAGUGAAGCUGAGAUUGAGAAAAUCCAAAUGGAAAACAGUGACAGAACAAAAGUGGCAUUUUCAGCUUCAAUCGGGCCCGUUCGUUUCUUAGGACCAUGCAACACAGAUGUAACACUAGUUUACAAGAAUGUCAUCAUGAAUGUUGGUAAUGCCUACAACAAUGCCACAGGGAUUUUCACAGCACCGGUCCGGGGAAUAUACUAUUUCAGCUUCUUCUACCAUUGUAUGGCUGAUCAGCCGACGCUGUUGGCCUUGUAUAGAAAUGGAAAUCAAGUAGCAAUGACAAAACAUCACAAGAGUAGCUGUAACACAGAGAAUGGAGGCAAUGGUGUAACACUGCUGUUAGAGAAAGGAGAACAGGUUUAUAUUGUGCUCCGGAAGGACACAAGAGUCUGGGAUGAGGCAAAUGCCAUAACUGUGUUUAGUGGUUUUCUAAUCAAUGUCAUGUGAAUAAAAUACACCCUCGGAAUAAACAUAACAGCUAUGCAAUGUUAUGAGUCUACAGGUUACGUUGAAAUAUCAGGUUACUUAAUCCAGUCUUUGUUUGGUGUAAAUACUAUAUUGCAACAUCAAAACAAUCAGCAUCAAAUUAUUAAACAAAGAAAAAAUGUACCCUUUUUGAUCAAUAUAAAAUAAUUAGUAAAAAAAAAAAAAAACAUGUACUUGCCAAAAAAAAAAAAAAAAAAUUGAAUAAAUGAAUAAUAAAUAUAAAAUGGAAAAAUCUAAUUAUUUAUUCUUCAGGUUCAGAAAUCGGAAAUGUCAGUCUUUCUCAUUAUGAGUGUUUGUGUGUGUCUGCCAGCUCUGGUUUGGGCUUUUUAUCAUCUUCACCUUGUCAACUCCAUCAUCCUCCACGUCAACUAGAUGAGCUCCAGAGACAGAUCUCCCCUCCGAAGACCUCAUCACCUAGAUGGCUAUCAGGACAAGACCACGGGAACCAGAUGAUUCAUCUGCAUAAUCUGACUUUGCGGCAACCUAGAAUUAAACUGCUGGCCUCAUAUUUGACACACUAUUUCCCUGUUUAACCUGUUAACCUGACCCCCCAUUAUGGGACAGCUGAAAGUGCUCUUCCUAACUUAUAAUUGUGACAGUUUCCUACGUCAGUUUGUUACAAACA